CGGCGGCGGGAGUGAAGUCUCGCGAGAAGAGGCGGUUGCCUUAGCGGAGCCCUCCGGCUGUGUGUGUCUCAGGAUCCGCCGCCGGAGCCGCGGACGGUUUGCGGAGCCCGUUAGUGCCCUUGCCGAGAGCCACGCCGGCGUCAUGUCCCGCUACCUGCGUCCCCCCAACACGUCUCUGUUCGUCAGAAAUGUGGCCGACGACACCAGGUCUGAAGAUUUACGGCGGGAAUUUGGUCGUUAUGGGCCUAUAGUUGAUGUGUAUGUUCCACUUGAUUUCUACACUCGUCGUCCCAGAGGAUUUGCUUAUGUUCAAUUUGAGGAUGUUCGUGAUGCUGAAGAUGCUUUACAUAAUUUGGACAGAAAAUGGAUUUGUGGACGUCAAAUUGAAAUACAGUUUGCACAGGGAGAUAGGAAAACACCAAAUCAGAUGAAAGCCAAGGAAGGGAGAAAUGUGUACGGCUCUUCACGCUAUGAUGACUAUGACAGAUACAGGCGUUCUCGAAGCCGAAGUUAUGAAAGAAGGAGAUCCAGAAGUCGGUCCUUUGAUUACAACUAUAGAAGAUCAUAUAGUCCUAGAAACAGUAGACCGACGGGAAGACCGCGACGUAGCAGAAGCCAUUCCGACAAUGAUAGAUUCAAACACCGAAAUCGAUCUUUUUCAAGAUCUAAAUCCAAUUCAAGAUCACGGUCCAAGUCCCAGCCCAAGAAAGAAAUGAAGGCUAAAUCACGUUCUAGGUCUGCAUCUCAUACCAAAACUAGAGGCACCUCUAAAACAGAUUCCAAAACACAUUUUAAGUCUGGCUCAAGAUAUGAAAAGGAAUCAAGGAAAAAAGAACCACCUAGAUCCAAAUCUCAGUCAAGAUCACAGUCUAGGUCUAGGUCAAAAUCUAGAUCAAGGUCUUGGACUAGUCCUAAGUCCAGUGGCCACUGAUAGUAUAAACCAUGAUAUUUUUAGGCAUGUAUCAUUCAUUUACUCAGUUUGGUUUACUUAAAUUAUCAGGAAUACAAUGUUGCAAUGAUGCUUAAAAAAAAAAAAACUUGUCAGUUUUCCCUGUACCAGGCAAUGGUUAUAAUUAAAAUGAUACACUGUUGAGAAGCCACUCUUAAGAGUCCAGUUUGUUUAAUGUUAUGGGCAGCUACCAAUUUGUGGUGUCUCUGUAUAUUUUUGUAAAGAUUCUCCAUUUUUAUGCUUGAAGUAUUGGUGAAAAGAUGUUGGUUGACCAUAAUUUGCAACAUUGUCUUAUUAAAAAUAAACUUUCAUAUCCAUAUUUGGUAGAACUGUUAACCUAGAAAUGUAGCUUGCUAAAUAAUAAGAUAGAAUGAUACAAAAGUGAAGUUGUAGCCAGAGUACAACACUGACGAUCAGACACAUUUAGGUUCAGGGUGGACCUUUUGUCUAGACGUCUUCGACCCAUGAUAAUAGUUUAUGACACAGUGCGGAAUAGUUUUUGUUGUUGAUGUUAACCCCACUGUCUUGGGGAGUGAUGCCAACUGGGAUAAGUAGCAUUUUCAGGGAAAUUUGAGUUGUGACUGAAACAUAGAGCCUUCACUUUUUCUUUUUCUUUUUCUUGUUUUUUCUUUUUCUCCCCCCUCCUGUUUUGUGUUUUCUGGUAUCUGAAGAUUUGAACUUAAAAACAUCAGAAAAACUCACUUUGAGAAUUGAGCAGUUCAAUGAUGGCAGAAGUAACUUUGGGAAAUAAUGCUCUCUUCUAUAGUUACUCUAAACAUUAAGGAGCAUUUUUGACAUUAAUAUUUGUUUAGUUUUCUUACAGCUAUUAAAGUCAGUUGGUUCAAAGUAGGUUUUAUUUUUGUGUGUACAUGGUGUAGAAGAACUGCAUUUUGAUGCUUAUAGCACUUGGUAUGUGCAUUUGUAUCAAAAUUUGCCUAUCUCUUUAUGAAAAAGGCUUGUUCUUCACACCUUGUUUUAUUUUAUCUGAGGCAAGUUGAAAGACAACACUCCCAUUCUAGGUGAUCCUGUGGUGCCAUGAAAUUUUAAAUAAUUCUGAAUGUAGUUUUUGAUUGAUACAUUAUGGCAGUCCCUAAAUAGAAAUGAGAAGAUAACACCCUUAACCAUUUAUAAUUUUCCAGCAUUUCUCUGAGAGAUUGUUUUGGGGACAGUAAAAGUGACUUGAUAUGUCCAGUCUCAUUUCAGAAUAAAAGCUAGCAUCUUUAAUAUUUUUUUUUAGAUUGCUUGCUUGCAAAUAUAAGAAGAAUAUUGUGGGGAAAUGACUCCCUUUAGAGGAUUACCUUUUUUUUUUUUCUUUUUAUUUUGGUUUUCAUAAUCUAGGCCUUGCCUGUAAAGAACAAAAGAUGGUUUUUAAAUACUGUUUGUGGAAUGUGUUUAAAGGAUUGAUUCUAGAACCUUUGUAUAUUUGAUAGUAUUUCUAACUUUCAUUUCUUUACUGUUUGCAGUUAAUGUUCAUGUUCUGCUAUGCAAUCAUUUAUAUGCACGUUUCUUUAAUUUUUUUAGAUUUUCCUGGAUGUAUAGUUUAAACGCAAAAAGUCUAUUUAAAACUGUAGCAGUAGUUUGCAGUUCUAGCGAAAAGGAAAGUUGUGGGGUUAAACUUUGUAUUUUCUUUCUUAUAGAAGCUUCUAAAAAGGUAUUUUUAUAUGUUCUUUUUAACAAAUAUUGUGUACAACCUUUAAAAACAUCGAUGUUUGGAUCAAACCAAGACCCAGCUUAUUUUCUGCUUGCUGUAAAUUAAGCAAACAUGCUAUAAUAAAAACAAAAUGAAGGAAAUAAUGAUUAACUGGAAUUAUUAUAGUUUUGAAUAUGAUUCUAAAAAAUAAUUGAAACAAUCCUUUGUAGAUUUAGCAAUAUUUUUAAUCAGUGUUGCAUUAGGCACAACUAACUUACUUUGGAAAAAAUAGAAAUUGUCAGAAGGAUACAUCUUAAAUAGCACUUAAAAUUCCUUAUAAUGUCAAGAUUGUUUCGUGAAUACUUAUUCAACCCUCUGGGUUAAGUAACAAUAGAUAAUUUAUAGUAUUACAAUAUGUAUUAAAGUGAAAUUUGGGUCAGCCAGUUGUAAGUUUUUAUUUUCAUUAUUGGAUGGACCAAUAUAUUUGCUCUUCCCUGUCCUGAACAAAAUAUCUUGGGCCUUAUGUUUAUGGCACUAUUUAAAAUACUUUUGCGGUGAAUUUUGGUGAGCAGUUAUACUAAGAAAUAACCACUUUGGGGGACUGGUUGAGGUGUUCCGUGGUAUCUAGCUACUUUAUAAUAACAGUUACAGCUGAUAUUUAUUGAGUAUUUUUAAUGUGCCAGACACUGUUCUAAAGCUUUAUGUGUUAAUUAAUUUUCUUUUCAAAAAACCCUUUGAGAUACUUUUAUUUUCCCCAUAUCACAGACAAACUGAGACACUAAGAAAGGCUAUAAAAGACAAAACCUGAGCAUGGUCGGUCCUUGAAUAAUUUUUUUAAUGUGUAAUUUGAGAAACGUGUUGAAGAUAGCCCAUUGAGAUUGUUUUUAGUCUGUUUAGAAAUAGCAGACCUGAUGUUUUCUUCAUUUUAUACUUUGUGCCUCUUAUUAGUUAUUUUCUUUGAGAUGUUUUUUAUAUUUUAUUUGAAGUGGCAUAGCUUCAAAGGGGUUGUUUAAGUUUAACCCAUGUAAAUUCCUAUUGAUACUUGUUGAGGAUCAUUACACCAUGCUUUGAUUUCAGGUUAAACAGUUGAGUUCCAUCGUCAUUGAGUAUCUACUGUGUGUCUGGCACUGUGCUCAAUAUUAGUAUAGAUUUUAUCAAGACUCGAGUGAGGGCUGACACUUUGUCUCUAUUUUUUACUUAAGAUCUCUCUGCAUUUUUUUUUAAGCCAAGUAAGCAAGAAGAAAAAUGACAGAUAAUGCUUCAGUGAGAAAGGAAAGGUGCUACAUAGAGUAUGAGCUGUUAAGUUACAACCCAGGGGAAAAGACCUGGGAACUAUUGUACUAUUCUCUUGAAAAUUUGGCCCAGUAAGCUGCUACAUCCAGUUCAACUAACAAAUCCUGUAUACCACAGAGAAGAAUAAAGAAAAUCAAACUGACAAACAUCCUUCUUUUAUUUAAGACCAAACUGCAGCUGGAAUACCCAGUACAGUUCUGCUUACUACACUUCAAGAAAGAUCUGAGAAAGCGGAAAAAGAACCAAAGAAGGGCAGUUCAAGCGACCAAAGGGUGGGUGGAAGGUGCUGCAGUAUGAAUACUGUGCGAAUAUUUUGACUCUGGUCUGAAAAGAUAAAAGAAUGUUAUCGAAACUACAUGGAAUAAUUGAAGUCCCUUCAAGUUUGAAAGUAAGCAUUUUAGGACAAAUAAAAGGAAAUGCAGCUUUGUACUUGUGGAAACUAAUCCCUAAAUCUGAAUAGGUUUAUAUUGAUUCAUGGGUAACAAGUCCAUAAUUCAUAAUUGGAAACUAGGAUGUCUGAAUACAAAGGAAGACAGCCAUAGUCUGUUACAGUGCCUCUAUUGGUCUGUCUCAAACUAAAUUGAGUGAGAAAAGGUAUGGUCCAAUACAGAUUUUUUUCUUGAUUAUCUUUUAUACCAGUUCCAUUUUCUCCAUUGGCAAAUCUUGCCUUUGUUUAUUCCAGUGCCAGUGUUCUCUGUUUAAUGGUUUGCUUUGUUGGCAUCUGAGUUUACUUAUAUGCCACAUGCAGUUUACAUAUUUCUUAAACUUUCCCAAGUAAAUUCUACUUGACAUUCAGUGAAGAGGGUUGAUCGGUCCAUCUCUUCUCACCACUUUUACUAGUCAGUAUAUUCAGCUAACAUUUACUGAGCCCUGAACUGGGCAAAAUUGAACUGAGUAAUUUGGAAUAAAAAUAGAUAAAUUUUUUCAGUGAAUGUCUACUGAGCACAGUCUAGUGAACCAUUACACUAUGGCCUCAUUGUUUUAUUUGAGGUGUAUUAUUUGUAACUAUUUUACACCAUUUAUAUCAUAAUGUAAAUUAUAAAACCCAUUAUACUAUCAAAGUAAUCUUGUGGUUAUUUACCAUUUAAAAAUAUCCAGUAUUUGUUUGCAUCCCAUUAAUACAGAUAAUGAAAAAAUGAUUUGUUUUAAUCUGUAAUAGAUCGAUUUAUUGUGCAGUGACUGUAAUAUACUAGAAUUAUAUUAAGUUGUUAACUCUGCCUCCUCAAACACAUUAGGAAUUAAUCCCCAAAAUUAAAAUUUAACUUUGCGUUAGAUAUAAAGGAGACUCUGGGUGCUAUAAUUAGAUAUUUGAGGCAGACAGCUGUUAUCCCAACUGAUUUAGUGUGUUCUGUAAUUGAGAAAAUGUUCACCAAAUUAUACUUCUAGUGAUUUACAUGUACAUUUUAUAGGGGACAUGUUCUGUGUAUAGUGAAUAAAUAAUUUUCAUAGUAUCACAAAAUGUUUGAUUCCUUAGUUCCUUAUUAGGAUAUGAAGCUUGUUCUUGAUUCCAUCAUUCACAUACUUGAUUUUUGUCAUUUCUGCCAAUACUCAAAACUUUUACCUGUUAAGUUCCUAAAAUUAUGAAGUGUCAGCAGUAGAGCAUUUGCCUUGCAUGUGUGAGGCCUUGGGUUUGAUCCCCAGCACCACAAAAAUAAAUAAAUAAAUAAAUGGAA